UCAGUUCUCAUCGCUGGUCCUCCAGGAAAGACAUGCAAAUCAGAGAACGGAUUCUCACCCUUUGGACUGAUUUUGCCAAACAUGGACAUUCACCUCAUUUUGUGAAUUAUGAAUUCCCCCGUUGGAAGCCAUUUGAUGGACAGACACUAAGCUAUUAUCGGAUUGGAAACGAUUUACGACCGGAAAGCUCUUACCGUCAGUCAGAAGCAAAUUUCUGGUCACACCAUUUACCCGGACUAUUCGGUGUCUCCCCAUUUGUUCAGCCCCUGUCCAACAAGGGUCGGCCCUAUGCAGCCCUGGCCUGGACUAUGGUCGCAGUCUCUGUGACUAUGUUUUUAUUAAUUGUUAUACUUUUGGCAACUCUUUAUUAUCAAAGAAAGCGUCAAAGUUUCAGCGCUCAACCA